CGACACCAAGCCCAGCCAGCCAGCCCAGUCGUUCCAUCCCGUGUCCCUUUCAAGAAAUCAGGCUGCGAAACCGCCUUGCAGAAACAACCCCAGCUCAACGUGAGGACCAUUUUGUCGUGCUGCAUGCCCUGAUCUUUUGCCCAACUCUUACCCAACACCUGAAAUCCAUCACCUGGCUGCCCCUUCUAGUCCCGCUCUUCCAGGUGUGGUGGACCUGCUAGCGACGACGACGACUGCGCUGGGCGGCUUUCCCCUCGAUUGCUUGUCUGAGGUGGCUAACGACCGACCCACGCCUGUGCCGCCUGCCGCCCGCCUGCCACCUGUGCCGCCUGCCUGCCUGCCUACCUGACCGACAACCACCACCGACCCAACCCUGCCCGCUCUAGCGUCCUCCCCAUCCUCCUUCCGCCACCCAAGUCACCGUCGUGACUCUUUCAGGCCCGGGCCAUUCCGACCUCCUUGGCGUCAUUCGGCCUGUCGCCUCAUCUCCGUGCCACCCGCCCUCAGUCGUCCCCUCUCGAUUCCAACUCCGGCCCUACAGUCAGACCGGCGAUCGAAGAACCGCCAGACACUGUAUCGACCAGUCUUCCCGACCGUCCACCCUCUUCAUCCUCUUCACCACCCCUCCCCCCCUUCCCACCCGUUCGUGUGCUCGUCAGUUCCCCCGACGAGCCGCGCCCCGAAAUCCACGAUUCCUCCCACCACCAGGAAGCGGAAGGCCGCUGAGGCGACGACAUCCUCCGCAAAAAACAAGGAGGCUGCACCAAAUAAGAGGAUACUCAGCUCUGCUGCUCCCCAGCCCGCGCCGCCGACGCCCAACACCAUGGAUUCAGACGACGAGUUCAUGUCCAACAUCUCUAGCGGCGAUGAGGACGUCCUCAGCGACAACGAAGAUCUUUCGGGCGCCGAUGACUUCGAUUCUGACCUCGACCCUGACCCGGACGUCGAUCUUGCCAAGGAUAUCGUUCCCAAAAGGAAGGCGGCCUACGAUGUCUCCUUUAGUGUCUACACACCAGAAACCCUCCAGAAGCAACAGGAUGACCUGAUCGACGAGGUCAAUAUGAUCCUGGAAAUGCGGAAAGAGGACGCUGCAAUUCUGCUGCGGUACUUCCGGUGGAACAAGGAGCGAUUGAUGGAGGACUACAUGGAUAGGCCAAAGAAGGUUCUUGAGGCUGCUGGCCUGGGGCCCAACGUGACUGGGCCGCCAAAGCUCGAGGCCAUCCCUGGCUUUUGCUGCGACAUCUGCUGCGAGGAUGACGAGGGGUUACUCUCGUUCGCCAUCAAGUGCGGCCACAGGUACUGCGUCGAUUGCUAUCGCCACUACCUCACCCAGAAGAUCCGCGAGGAAGGCGAGGCGGCCAGGAUACAGUGCCCGAGCGACGGAUGUCACCGCAUCAUAGACGCCAGGUCGCUUGACAUCCUUGUCGCUGCGCAUCUCUCUGAGAGGUAUAGGGAGCUUCUGCAAAGGACAUACGUCGAAGACAAGGAGACCCUCAAGUGGUGUCCCGGGCCCGACUGCCAAAACGCCAUCGAUUGCCCGGUCAAGAAGAAGGACCUGCACAAAGUCGUCCCCACGGUCGUGUGCGAAUGCAAAACGCGCUUCUGCUUCGGCUGCAGCCUGAAGGAUCACCAACCGGCUCCCUGCGAGCUGGUCAAGAUGUGGCUCAAGAAGUGUGCCGACGACUCGGAGACGGCCAACUGGAUCUCUGCCAACACCAAGGAGUGCCCGCGGUGCAACUCGACCAUCGAGAAGAACGGCGGCUGCAACCACAUGACAUGCCGCAAAUGUAAGCACGAAUUCUGCUGGAUGUGCAUGGGUGUCUGGUCUGAGCACGGUACGAGCUGGUACAACUGCAACCGGUACGAGGAGAAGAGCGGGACCGACGCCCGUGACGCGCAGGCCAAGUCUCGGUUGUCCCUGGAACGCUAUCUACACUACUAUAAUCGUUACGCAAACCACGAGCAAUCGGCCCGCCUGGACAAGGACAUCUACACCAAGACGGAGAAGAAGAUGAUACAGUUGCAGACGGCCUCGGGGAUGUCUUGGAUCGAGGUCCAGUACCUCAACGCAGCCUCGCAGGCGCUGCAAACCUGCCGCCAGACGCUCAAGUGGACGUACGCCUUCGCCUACUAUCUCACCCGCAACAACUUGACCGAGAUAUUCGAGGACAAUCAGAAGGACCUGGAGUUAGCGGUCGAGGCGCUGUCGGAAAUGUUUGAGAAGCCCGUGUCGGAGCUCAGCAACUCGAAUCUGAAGGUCGAGAUCAUGGACAAGACAGCGUACUGCAACCGCCGCCGGGUGAUUUUGCUCGAGGAUACGGCUCAAAACCUGGCUGAUGGCCGGUGGAGCUUUAAUGUAGAGAUCGGAGUACUGUCCGGUCCCAGUCGCCGCUAAAACAGCCACGGAAUACGGCUGGCGGACGCCCCUUGUUGCACAGAGUCCGCUCGCCGAGGCCGACGAACGGUCUUUUUUCCGCCUUGAUCUACCGAGCACACGUCACAACAAUGUGCGCUGUUGGGUGAGGUUUAUUGAUUAAUUUCCUAAACGACUGCAUUCACGAAGCGUCAUAUUCAUGGGACUAGGAGCAUCACGGAACCUGAAUGCCGAGGGGGCGCUCCGGGGCGAUUUCAGCAUUUCCCAACCGCACUUUGGCUCGUUCGACAGAGCACUCCGAGGUUCCGCGGGAUACCUCUUCUGAACAUAUUUAGCAGCGGCCGAUCACAUCCGCCCGUGAUUGGCAUCACAUUUCAGCACCUGUGAAGAGCCAGCGGCCAUGUUACUCUUGAGGAAACAGAUGCCGCCUGCUCCUGGGGGUUCUUGGACUGCUCGGCUGGGACAGAGGGUUUUACUUGGGCCGCUUGUUAGGCUUGCUUGAAAGGACUGGCAGCAGCAGCGCUCUCCCUACUCAUCGUCUUUAUCCCUGCUCCUGCUGCAUCUCAUUGCGCUUUAUAUAUUCUUUCCCGCUUCUCUUUUUGUUUCAACCUUGCGGGCAUGGCAUGUCUGACAUUUUUUCACAUUUCCCUCUCCAUCUUCAUGGGAGCACGGACCGGGUGCGAUGGCGUACUGGCAUGGUUUGUUUCCACUCUGGGUGGUGACGUUUUCAGGGGUUACUUCUCAUAUAGGUUUCCUUUUCUGUCCUGAUAUCACUUUUGCAUCGUCCCCCAUCCUCAAGGCGCGUGAAACCAAGACAUGGACUAUGGUGAAUGGGAAGCAAGCCAGAGGAGCCAUCUUGGGGUGGACGAGUGCCGCCGGUUAAGGCUUAGCUUAGAAGAUAUGGGCAUGCUCAUGUGAGAAGUACGACGGUGGCAAGUGGUAAUUUUACUCGCGUAGGUAAUAUGAAGCUAGGAGCGUGAUGACAGGCUGGCUGGGCUAGCUGCUUUCUUGAGCGUUUGGGUUGUUCUCCAACUUUGUCGGUGUACACAUGAUGAUG